AUGCUUCCCCUGAAUCAAGCUGAUCACCUCCAGGAGGUCUGGGGAGUUCAUGAAAGAGACUUGCGAGAAGUUGGCUCCACCAAGGGCGCGAUGUGGAUGUUAAAAUAUUCACGCAGGUUGAAAUGCAGUUGCAGGGGAGAUGAGCUGAGAUGA